AUGGCCCGACCUGUUGCUACGAGCGGACACUGCCUCGACUACACUUGUGGCCAAGUGAUCUCGUUGGCACCGGUUUCGAAGGCUCAAUUCAUCUUGUCCGCAAGUGAGGGCACAAUGGUGGUUGAAGUGAGUUUGGGUGGGUUUGAUGCGUUCACACCUCCGGAUCACAGUGCGCGUGACUUCAGCGUCAUCAACACAAGGUGGGGUUGUUGUGGUGAGGGAGCUGCGAGUCCAGAAUGGGACACACUGUCUGCAUGGGAAGGGAGUUGGUCACUGACAACUCGAAUGGCACGGGCAGAGAUCGUCGAUGCAGACGACUGGCAAGACUUGCGUCCUUUGCCUUACAAGGUUGGCAAUGAGAUUGGUGGUGGUGAUGGUGGUUUCCAGUUGAUCGACCGCGUCAAGUGA